GCUGAUGGGAAUUCAGUCUUUGGUGCUGGUGAAGGUGUUGUGUGGAUGAACAGAGUCGAGUGCAGAGGGAAUGAGAUUCACCUGUGGGACUGUCCUCUCUCCCUGAAAAACCACACUGACUGCUCCCACAAAGAGCACGCUGGACUCACCUGUGCAGAUUUUCCAGACUUGUCAGUGUCCACUACUCUUGCAACAACAUCAGCUUCUCUUCCAGUUUCUCCUCCAGUGCGCUCAACAUCAGUCUCUCCUCCACAAACUCCUCCAGCAGCGUCUCUCUCAGUCCCCCCAGUGCUUGUGAUUGUUCUGGGAGUUGUGCUCUUACUGCUCUUAGUGCCACUGCUUAUACUGAUUCAGCAGAACAGAGUGAUGAGGAGAGCUCUCUCUAAGAGGAGACACAGGAUGAUGUCUGAGGCCGUUUAUGAGGACAUUCAGCACAGACACAAUCACUUCACUCAGAGGGGGAGUCUCAUCUCUGAAGAACUGCAUUCUGGGUAUGAAGAUGCUGAUGAGCUUCUCUCAGCAAAAGAGUUCAAGACUUCAUAUUAUGAUGAUGUCACCAACGGCAGUGGUCUGAAAGAAGAGAUGGUGAAGGAAAUCACACCGGGAUACUAUGAUGAUGUCAUCACUGAUGGACUGAAACCAGAUCGUGAGACAGAAGACACACCUGAGAGCUAUGAUGAUGUCAUGACGAGCGGACAGAACUCUGAUAUCAAAAAAGUGAACGCACCAGAGAAUUAUGAUGAUGUCAUUAUUAAUAGAACGAGCUCUCAAGGGAUAACAGAGAGAGUUCAGGAGGAGUAUGAUGAUGUCAUGAGUGUCACUGAAGAUGUGACAAACCUGUUGGAUUAUGAUGAUGUGGAGGAGGAGUCAAACAAAGAAGGGGGUCAUUUGGCUCAAUGAUCUCAUCCACUGCUUCGGUUCAACACAUCUGAACAAAGUUCGAGUUAUUGAUAUAUUGAUAUUGUUAUUGAUGUCAAAUCUCAGGUUUUUAUAUUUUUCCCCAUUUUUUGUAUUAAAUCUGUUAUGCUUUUGUGGGAUUUUGUUGGAUUUUUUGGCCUUUUUAAUAGCAAAAAAAAAAAAUGUUUUGUAUGUCAAUAAGAGAUUACAUGAUGCCGGAAGUCAAAUGUCUAAUCUUACAUUAUAAAGCACAAACACAGUGACAAUCAAAACAUCCUAAAAAUAAACCCAAAUGAGCAUCAGUGAUGUAACAGUCCUCCGCUUCGCUGCAGAAAGUACUGAGUUCAUGAAUAAUGCUGAAAAAAUGCUUGCAUUUAUUUUGGAUGCGAUAAAUAACUUUCACAAUAGAAAGAAAAGAAACAACAAUCAACUAAAAUCAACUGUAUCGACUAUUAUUAUCUUAUGCGAUCAGGCGUGUUAUAAACCAAU